GAUAGUAUAGGUUAUGUUGCUGUAAUAAACACCCCAAAACUCAGUGGCUUGACACAACAAAUGUGUAUUUUAAAUGUAUGUCUCCGAGGAAGAUCAGCACCAGGUUGUGUUCACUGUAGAUACUCUGGAACUUAAGCUGGUUGGAAACUUAACGUCAACGAGCAGAUCCCUAAGCAUAGAAUGACAGAAAUGGAAUGUGGUGACCCAUUCCUGACUCUCACUAUGAGCUGAAGUUGACAUACAUUGCUAUCGCACUGGCCAAAGAAAAGUACAUGGCCUCGUCUAACUGCAAAGAGAAAUGCAAUCUUACCACAUUCCCAGGAGGAGAAAUGGGGAAUUUAGGAUAGAUCGUAAUGUUUAGGCACCUCCUAUGAUGCCUUUCCACAAAAAACAUGUAAGAGUGUCCCAAAAGUCUUCCACAUCUCUUUUCUCACUGAGUUUUCACAACAGCUUUACAGUUUUACACAUGAGAAAUUGUAUACAUGGUCCAAAGAAGUAUAGUGACUUAUCCAAGAUCACACUGCCAGGCCACGCAAGGAAUAAGUAAGUGGAUGGCCAAGAGCCCAGGCCUGUCCUUGGUGCUGCCGAAAACGCCCGUCUUUUCCCAAACGUCACACCGACCUGCGGAUUUGGGCUGCAUCCCAGCACCAUCAGUGUUGCUGUUUCCAGAAAAUCUUUCUGUAAACGGACUUAGAAAUCCGUACAUUCGUAAACUUUGCAUCACUGCGUUAUCAUGAGCCAUGCAGAGAAGGUGACGACAAAAACAUGUAGUAUGAACAGAGAACAAAGGUUAUUAAAUUCUGGUGAGGGUCAACUGACAGCCAGGAGUCUACCAAUUUCGGUUAAACAGAGAAAUUCGAGUUAGCUCGCAGCUCCCCAGCGCCCCACGCAGGCUUUCUCCUUGCGGAGGAGUGUACCAAGUAAUUAGGAAGGAAAGCUAUCUUUUCCUCCCGGAGUUAGGGGACCCAGGCCACCUGGAAGCCCCGCCCCGCCCUCCAGGGCGCCUGCGCCGUGGCUCUGACGGCCGUCCGAACCCCACCCCCUUCCAGAGCGACCACUGGCUUUGGGGGGCGGGGCCUGGGCACAAGAUGGCUGCCGCGCGCCCGGAGUCCCUGAGUCCGAACUCUGCGGCCCCAGAGCCGCGAUCCCCGGAGCCGCCGGACGUGGUCCUGGUGCCUGAUGACAACCGCCCCGCCACACCCCCGACUGACCUCAUCGAGAUCCAGGUGGUGAAGGUGACAGACACCACGCUAGUACCUGAGCCCCCCGAGCCAGGUUCUCUUCACUGUGCCUUGUGCCCAGCUGCUUUCCGGCUGGUCUCUGAGCUGCUGUUCCAUGAACAUGGCCAUCUGGCAGGGGCUGAGGGCGGCGGGCAGGGUGGGGACCGAAGCCGGUGUCAUGUGUGUGGCCACAGCUGCCCGGGACCCGCCAGCCUCCGCGCUCACUACAGCUUGCACACCGGAGAGCGCCCCUACCGCUGCCCCCUCUGCCCCAGGGCCUUCAAGGCCCUGGCGCCCCUGCUGCGGCACCAGCAUCGGCAUGGGGUGGAGCCAGGGACCUCUCAGAGGCCCCCAGAGGCAGCGGUGGCGGCUCGGGAACAGGGGCCCUGGGUGCCCGCAGAGCGGUCGGAGGUGGUGAUGGCAGCGGCAGCUGCGGGCGCGGCGGUGGGGAAGCCCUUCGCCUGCAGGUUCUGCGCCAAACCUUUCCGCCGCUCCUCGGACAUGCGCGACCACGAGCGCGUGCACACGGGCGAGCGGCCCUACCACUGCGGUGUCUGCGGCAAGGGCUUCACACAGUCCUCGGUGCUGAGCGGCCACGCCCGCAUCCACACGGGCGAACGCCCCUUCCGCUGCGCCCUCUGCGAUCGCACUUUCAACAACUCGUCCAACUUCCGCAAGCACCAGCGCACUCACUUCCACGGCCCGGGUCCCGGACUUAGAGACUCUGGAAGCCAGCUGGCAGCGGGGGCGGAGGGGCCAGGGCAUGGUUGUGGAGCGGGAAACACUGUGGAAGAGACAACCACAGUGAAGGCGGAGGUCGACCAGUAGUCUGGGAGAGGAGGGACACUGGGCGUCAAUAUGGGAGAAUUCUGGACUGUCUUGGGGCCUCGGGUGGAAUAGAUGGAACCUCUUGCCUACCUCACUGGGUCGUACUGAACAUGGGACACCUACUCACCCACCCUCAGGCAGAAGACGCCAGCCAGGUCCUCCACAGAGACUGGGAUCCCAUCGCCUAGAAGCCAGAGGGUCCCCAAGUCAUAGCCAAGAGCACUUGAGCCUCAAGGAUGUCAUUGUGACCAACCAUAAGGAUCUUGACUCCAAGAGCUGCUACCCCUUCUCCCAUGGUGGUCCCUCCUUUGCCCACCAGACUCCUCUUCCCAGGCAACCGAAGCCCAGACAGCAAACAGGCCCUCCUAAAGUUUUAGUCUCAGAGCCUACGGCUCCCAGGUCUACAAAAUAGCCUCAGGUUUCUGUAACUUCCUCCACUCCCAAUCAGAAGCAAAGGGCAUAGUGCCUAGUUCCAGGCUAUCCCAAGGAAGGGUUAGCAGAUGGCGACAUGGUGGCUGGGCGGCAUGUAGUGGUGUGCAGUGAGAGUGGGGGUGAGAGAGGACUUAGGCACUGGAGGUGGGAAGUCUCCAGUUCUGUCCCUAUUAAAGGACUUUCUGAAGGCUU